AUGGCAGCUCCCAGUAGGAAGCAGACUUUAAGGUUUCUCAGCCAGUUAGGAGCGUUUAUUUUGACCCGGUUCGGGUUUUGGAACUGCUUCAGCAUGUUGAUGCUGUUUGCUGAAAGAGCGGACUCAAAAAGGAAGCCAGACAUCCAUGUACCGUACCUGUAUGUGGACAUGGGGGCAGCAGUGCUCUGCGCCAGCUUCAUGUCAUUUGGGGUGAAGAGGAGGUGGUUCGCGAUGGCCGCUGCCAUACAACUGGCCAUCAGCACGUACGCAUCGUAUGUUGGAGAACAAGUGUACUACGGGGACUGGCUUAAGGUUCGCAUGUAUUCCAGAGCGCUGGCCAUUAUUGGAGGCUUUAUGGUUCUGGCCAGCGGGGCGGGGGAGGUGUACAGACAGAAACCUCGCAGCAGAUCCCUGCAGUCUACCGGACAAGUUUUCCUCGGAGUCUACCUCAUCUGCAUGGUGUACUCCCUCCAGCACAGCAAAGAGGACCGGCAGGCCUUUCUGGACCACAUCGUUGGAGGAGAGAUCACGCUGAUGCUGCUGGAGGUGCUGUUUGGGGUGCUGGCUCUUGCCUUCCUUUCCGGCUACUACGUCCGCCUGGCGGCGCAGAUCUUGGCCACCGUGCUGCCUCUGGUGAUCCUGCUCAUUGAUGGCAACCUGGGCUACUGGCACCACACUCGCAAGGUGGAGUUCUGGAACCAGAUGAAGCUGAUCGGACACAACGUGGGCAUCUUCGGCGCUGUGCUGAUCCUAGCUACUGACGGUUGAACCCUUUGGCCUCUCACAGACAACUUUUACAGACCGAGAGGUCGGGUAUGUUGGAUUUACGUCACAGCCUGACUUUGUGCUCAAAGCUGCCGUCGCUCAGUGACCUCUCAGGGUUCAAACUCUCCACGCUGAGACUGUUGGACGUAAGCGGGGACGAUUGCCUUUCCCCACCAGUUGGUAUCUUUGCUUUUGCAAGAAAGAGAAAAAAAAAAACUUUCUUUUUCGCAAUUUAAUAAUUUAUUUAGAUUCAUUUUUACAUUUUUGUCUGUUAUGCUCUGAAACAUGACACUGAGUAUUGAUACUGUCUCUACGGGGGAAAUACCUUUUGCUCGAAAAAAUGUAGUCUUAAAUAGUAUUAUGUUUAACUGUACAUGGGUUAAAUAUUUUGCAAAUAAAGGGAAACUUAAUAUUGAACAUAUGUGGCAUUUUCUAUGAAAUAAAGUGCUACAGUACAUUUGGUAAUAAAAAAUUGUUUUGCCUUUCACUUGUGCAUUCAUGUGAAUUCAUUAAAAAAACAACUUUUAUAUCUUGUGUAAAUAUUGUUCACACUUUAUAUGAAGUUACCACAUUUAGUUACCUGCUGAUUAUCGUCCAUGUUUGAGUAUUUUAAACAUUAUAAUUGAGUCGCUUCAUUUCUCUGAAUUGUGCAAACUGUAAUUAUACUGCAGUAUUAUUUAUUUAUCUACGACCACCUCAACUUUGCAUUAAAUGAAGUGUUGCACAGGA